AUCGACGCACGACCGCAUUCCAGCUGCGCACGAAUCGCCCUUGGCCACUUAUGGUCUUGUCAUGUGAGAGCGCCGGACACGGCCCUAACGGGCCGCUUGACAAGAACGAGAGACGCGUCUACCAACACUACGCCUGGGCGCCGCAAGCAGACAGGUCGCCCGCGCGCUAUGUCUAUCACCAAAUCUUCCAUACCACCUCUCUCGGCUUCCCCCGCGUCGCCGACUUCCCGUCGCCUACUGUGCCUGAGCCUAUGGAGAUUGACUCCGCGCCGGCACCGCAGAUUGCCCAGGCAGAAACCAGCGACAUUGACAUGGAAGACGCGCCAGCAGUGCGCCGAGUACAGUGGACCCCGCCAGCAGACUACAGCCGGCCCUCCUCGCGCGCUGCCAUUGGCAAUAUGCUGCCACGCACCGCCCUCUCCAAGCGCAUCCACCUCAUCAACCACCUCGAGACGUACGUGCCCAAGGAGCCGUAUCCACUCAACCUCGACGUCGACAUCUCCCAUCCGUCAAUAUAUGAGAAGACCCUCAGCGAUACCCCUCCCGUCAAGCCAUUGCAUGCCAACACUGCGGGCAAGACACCUCCGGCGACGAAGGUCCGCGCCAGCAACACCUUCUCCGUCCCCGACGACUCCUCCUUCAGUGAAUUGUCGCCAGAGCACGCGUCCACCCCAUUCCCAUUCUCGGCGAGACAGGCGAAAUCGUGGCGCAUUUCUCCUCCCAAGCAACGCGUGACACCCGAAGGACGGCCCAUAUUGUCGCCAGUGUCUCCCAGAGAGUCCACCACCUCGACGUCACCACCGCGUCAGCAAACCACCCUCUCGCCAGAAGUCCUAUACCCUAGCCUACAGGUUGCGGGGCGCAGCCCACCACAGAUUGCGGGGCAGAAGCGCCGGUUUGAAGACGCCAUCAAAGACGUGUAUGAGGAGGAUGACGACAGACCACAGACGGUGGCUGGUUGCUUCUUCGGUGUUGUGAGAACAGUCGUGUCAACAGUGGUCGGCUGGCUCUCGCGCGUCAUCCCGAGCCGAAAGCCAAAGCGCACUACACAAGAGCAAGAGAUUUUCGCAUUGCGCCUGUCAUCGCGCGAAAGCAACAAGAGACGCGCUAUUAGAAAGGAGGAUAUUGAGGCGGAUCCAAUGCCGGGCUACUACCCCGGCAGUGCAGGGCAGAUGCAGGACAUGAUUGCGCCCGCCCACAGAUCGGCACCAAAUGCCAGCACACUUGCAACUCCACCAGAUUCACGGCCAGGCAGUAUGGAGAAGUCAUCCCCUGUGCCCACGCGCACCGCCUCGCAAUCGCGCAGUAUGCCGAAUAUGUUACAAGAAUACACCAAUAUACAAACACAACUGCCAUCUCCAAAAGAAGAGCCUGGCAGCAUGAACAGGAGCGGUGCACCGACAGCCGACCUGAUCGACCUGAGGCAGAACUUCACAGCUUCAUCACAGUUACAACAUCAGACUCUCCGCAGAGCUGCUAGCAUGAAACAGCCAUUGCAGCCAUCGACACACCCUGCGACCAUUGCAGCCCGCAAAGCAGAAGAGAAGCCGCAGAAACCGAAAUUGAAUGUUCCUUUCCGCAUGCGAGGCGCGAAUUACUCAAAAGCGAAGUUCCCGCCAAUGAAGACGAAGGCGGAACUCGGGCUACUACCACCACGCAACCCACCAGAUCGGGCUACACACAACAAGGAGGCGAAUGAGAGAGUCGAUGCGCUCGUGGAAAAGGCGCAGCGCAUAACCAUUGAACCUCCAGAACAGAAAUCAUUGCGCGAGAGUGUGCGUGCACGCAAGCAUCGCCAGGAGCAGGAAGAUGCUCGCCAGCAGCAAAUCGCCAAGGUCCGCCAGGCCGAAGAGGAGGCACGACUGCAGGCAGAACGCGAAGCUGAAGAGGCCAAGCAGAAGGCCGAAGAGGAACGCAAACAAGCAGAGGAAGCUGCCGCAGCUGAAGCAGCACGACGCAAGGAAGCGCUAGAGAACUUUGUGCCAACAAUCUCGGAAGACUGGCAACAGACGAUUGCUAGAGAAUUGGCUACGACAGACCCAGCUAAAACCGUGGCUCACAGCACACGAGGAGUCGAAUUGACACGCAAGACAUUCGGCUGUAUUUUACCACAACAGAACGAGCACCAAAUCAAGGCUGCUCAAGACCCAAGUGUCCGCCGAGGACCUUCCGGUUGGCUCAACGACGAGGGCGUCGAUGGUUUUAUUGGCGCCAUCGUCGACCGCAAGCGCGAGCAAGAAGGCUACGUCAAGGGAAAGGGGACUCCCAGUUACGCUGCCUUCGGCUGUGCCUGGUACACAACUGUCAAAAAGGGCACAAUCAAGUCCAUCAGCAGAUGGGCUCGUCGCCAACAAAUCGGCGACCAAAAGCUUCUCGAGUGCGAGAAGAUAUUCUUUCCCGUUAACACCGGAGCACAUUGGGUCCUCCUCAUCAUUUCUCCCAAAGACCGCACGCUGGAAUUCCUCGACAGCGCUGGAGGAAGCGGUCGCUCCUUUUUCAGACUUGCCCGUGAGUGGCUCGCCAUGGAGCUGGGGACCAAAUAUGUCGAAGACGAAUGGAGAGAGCUCGAAUCAAAGAGCCAACAGCAGAUGAACAUGGACGACUGCGGUGUUUUUACAUGCAUGAACGCGCUGGCUAGCGCGAAGGGAUUGGAGUUUGAGGCUGUCAAGCCUGUUAGAGAUAUGAAGCGGGCACGGGAGUAUAUCACGUGCGUUUUGCUGGAUGGCGGGUUUGGGAAAAGUUUUGAGCUGUGAGCGAUGCUCGCUCAAUGGGUUUUGCUUCUGGGUGCAUUUGCAUGGGAAAUGGCGUUUUUUGUUUGGCUUUUUGGGCUUGGGUGGUGCUGUCAUGCAUUGAGAUACCCCCAUUCGCUCGCCCGCGCGGGGCGAGCCUGUUUUGCUUCAGCGUAGACGGCCACGAUAAUGAUAGAAUGAGUGAAUGAUAAUGACUUUGUGUG